CGAAGAAUUUGGUGUUAUAUCAUAUGUCGAACCGGCCUUUGACAAUCGAGGAGCUGAGGGAUUCGAUAUCUUCCGAGUUGGAGGGCAACCCACCCUUGUGGAUCACCAGGAGACCGGGCAGAUACGGCGUGGACGUUUACAUUAAUAACGCAAUGAUCCUCUUGGAGCAGAGCAAUUUCCAGUCGAAAUUGAAAGUCAAUGGCGAUACCAUGACUCAGGUCUUGCACAUCAUAAAUGAAGUGCUGGAGCCUGUGCGAUCCAACUCGAUGGAAUCACCGGUCUACAACCCAAACGCUUUCCAAUUUCUGAACCAGAGUGAGAAUCUCAAUUUGGGCGACCAUCGCGUACGUACCUUCCGACAGCAGAUCGUCAUCGAGAAGAAGGAAUCUAUCUACAAGGCUGAAGGUCGUUUUACUUUCUUCAUUCCCGUUGACGAGGGUUUCAAGCCGGUGCCGAGGCCGCGAUUGAUUGAUAAGCUGGUGAUUGACGGGCACGUAAUACCCAACGAGGUCCUCUUCACCGCACCGACGCCAAACAAUAUGCAGUAUCCAACCCUCGUAUUCUCCGACAAUCUGAAAGUCGUCAUCAGUUUUUCAAAGUCGCAAAAUAAAGUCUACGUUCAAUCGGACACGCUGGUGGGCGAUCAGACUCACACAGACGGAGUGGUGCUGACAGAAAUAGUGAAGGCGAACAUUCCUGUGCGCAACGGCGUCGUUCAUUUGAUAGCACGGCCACUUAUGGUCGUCGACAACACCGUGAAGGAUUUCCUAGAGUCCUUCAAGGGCAUCGAAAAGGAGGAUGGACCGCUGUACAAGUUUUACGAGACCAUCCGCGAUUUUGGAGACGAGGUUAUGGCAAGCAUCAGUUAUAUGAAAGAUGUUACCCUCUUCGCGCCCAGCAACGAGGCGCUGAGCGAGCCGAACGUGAAGCAGAUGCUGCAGGACAAGAACCGCAUGAGGGAAAUCCUCAAACUCCACUACGUCAAGGAGCGACUAACCCUCGACAAGAUCAAGAACAAGAGCGUCGGCCAAAGAGCAAGAGACUUCGUCGGGAAGUCACACGUCGGGGUGAUGACCGGAGCUGAUAAGAAGAAGCUCUACUUCAACGUGGUGCAGGGACCGAAGGAGAACCAGACUGUCACUGUGGAAGGCGGUGGCGUGAACGCCACCAUCAUCACCGCCAACAUCGCCGCCACCAACGGGAUUAUCCACAUAAUCGACAGGCUUCUCGGGGUGCCCUACACCACCGUGCUCGACAAACUCAGGACUGAUCCGAUGCUCAACUCGACCUAUUUACUGGGUCAACGACGUGGAUUCAAUGAUCAGUUGAACGAUACGACGAAGCGAUUCACGUACUUCGUUCCAUAUGAUUACGCCUGGAAAGACGCGGAGAAUAACUAUCCAUCAACUACUAAGAAGCUCUUCAUGCCCGAGUUCAGUUAUCACACGAAGCAGAUAUUGGAGCGACACCUUGUAAUAGCGGAUCAGGCGUACACGAUGGCGAAGCUCAAAGAGAUGAGCAACGACACCAUCUACCUCCCAGCGGCUAGAGACAUUCUAAAGCUUCGCAUCAAGGAGCAGAGCGAAAGCUACCAAGUGGAAUGGGAGGGCAAGAAGGUCCGCAUUAUCCGUCCGGACGUCGAAUGCACCAACGGCAUCAUCCACGUGAUCGACUCUGUGUUCCUCAAGGAUAGCGACGUCCGGGUGACGGGCGGCGCUUCGCUGGCCACCUUGACGCCUCAUCUAAUCAUGAUACUGAUAGCCAAGUGGCACCUGUAAAAACCCUCAUCGCGUCGCAUCGUCUCGUAUCUGCGGCAGGUGCGUCUAUAGGAAUUCUCCUUGGGGGCCGUCUCCUAUCGUCCUCGAGCGGCGGCGACAACGACGACGCAACGCGGGUAGGCACGGUCGAUCGACCCGUUCGAUCCGAAAGAACAUUUAUUGUGCA